CGUUUGUAAAGUGGGAGUGAUGGAGAGCGAAGAGGAGGAAGACGUACGAGGCCAGCACCAUGGAUUAUUAACAGGGUUAAAGUCCACGGUGGAAGGUUUACUGGCCACUAACAGCACCAAUGUGUGGAAUACAUAUGGAGGACUGACCAGACUAUGCACUGCAGUAGAGAAGAUUCUCAACCACAAACUGAAAGUAACACAGACCCAGUUUGGCAACACACUUGACUACUGGAACUUUAUCAAGGGGCUGAAGUGGCUGAACCCAGUACUGGCGCCAUCUAUUGAGCAGAUUAAUAGGCAGGCUGGCACUGCUGGUGACCUUGACCUCUCCAGAGGUCACACUUGGGUCAAGCAAAGUCUGCAGAACCACAACUUAUCUUCACAGUUACAUACACUGGUAGAGAACAGAGAGCAUCUUAAACAGCAUUAUGAAGAGUCAGCGUUCCUGCGUCACCAUGAGUACAUGCGAGCCAUGCUUAUCUGCCUCCAGGCAGUGGAGAACAACAGGGUAGCUUUACUGGCUGAGAUCAACCCUUUACUGCUAAGAACAGGCAGCAGUCAGAGAACCAGGGGUUUGGUAAUAUCACAUGUGAGGAGUUCCUCUACGAGCUCACUCCCUGCCACGCUACCUUCCAGCUCAGCCAUCACCAUGCCGCGGAGAGUGAGUGAGACAGACCCUCUGGCACCGCCAUUACCGUCACCAAAGUCUGACUCUGUCCUCGAGACAUCAGCAGAACAUGCCACUGCUACCUUGGAUUCUAGCCCAGAGGUCCAGCCGUCAGCCAAAGCAGCUCUGUUGUCCGUACUAGAAAAGGAUGGUUCUUCCGUGGAGCUGGAAUCCACUCUGAGCUUUCCACGCAUUGAGAGCGAUCCUCUCCUGAAUACAGAAUUUUUCCCAGAGGAUGAUAUGCUUUCACAUGUGGAGCCCCUGGGGGUAAGCAGGAGUCCCCAUAGAGCGUCCUUUGUAAUAAGUGGGAGUCCCCAUACACAGGCUGUGAUUGGGAAUAAGAAUCCACAUACUGUUGGUGUGUCAAGGAGUUUAAGUGUAAAUACGGUUCAUCAUAGACAAACGAGUGUGCCAUAUUCCCCUAGAGGGCAGCAGGGAUCAGGAGCAAGACUCUCCCGUUCUGUAUCCUCGUCAAACACAGAGGCGUCAAAAGUGUUGGACAAUUUGCUCAAUAGUGAUAGUACAGGAGAUGACUCCGAAGGUACAAAUUUAUUUCCCAGGACUAAUUUAUUCAAUCAACAUUCAGUUGGCCUUGACACAUUACCUGAUCAAAAUGGAAAUGUAUCUCUAACAGGUACUCAAAACUUGUUUGAAUAUCCGACUGGCAAAAGAAACGGUGUUUUAGAUAAGGGUAAAGAACACAGCACAGACGAUAGCAAAAGGAGGAGUUUAACUGACGAAGGGACAGAUUCAAAGGGACAAUCGAAAGGGAGGAAAAUUUCACAUAUCCGUUCAAGAUCGGAUGGUGCUACACUGAAAGAGAUGUCAUUGGACGAUCCUGCUGACCAAUCAGACUCCACUUUAGUGGAUCCUGCGACCUACUCAUCGUCUCUUCCUGCCCAUGCUGCUGGCGGUAUGGGGAGGAAAGGAAAUGCCGGUGCAGGUGCCCUACACCCUGGUGACAGCACAGAAAGUUUCCUGUCUCGUCCCGCUGAGGGUCAGUCUCUGAUCAACUACUUACAGUCCCAAGACUUCAGCUACAGCGCUGACCUGGAUAAGGAGAAUGCUCACUUCAGUAUCUCCGAGGCACUAAUAGCUGCCAUAGAGCAAAUGAAAUGGAAUCAGGUGAUAAGACCGUUCCGAGAGUCUGACGAGGAGGAGGCAGACUCAGACGAAGAAAUACAGCAAUUAAAACAAAGAAUUAGAAUUAGGAGGAGAGAGAGGUUAAAAGAGAAACAUCCAGAAUUCCCCGCAUUUAGUGAUGGAAAGACAGACACAACCAACAGUACUGCUUCCAACCUGAGCUCCUCUCACGACUCUUCAGAUUACUCAGAUAUUGACAGUGGAAGUGAUGAAGUGGAAGACAGAGAAAUUGAAGACUCUUCUCCACAAGAGUCCUCCAACCUGGCAUCUCUCCAAAAUAGCUGCCUGUCCCUCUCAAUGGCUUCACUUUAUAAUGAUGCAGAACUUCAAAAGGCCAAUAGUCAAGUUAAAUUUGAUUCACAAAGUUCAGGCAAUGAGAGUAGCAAUUUCAACCAGAGUGGGAAUUCUGGCAAUUUAUCUGCCGAGUCUGUGGCUAUUGCUCUAUUGAAGAGGUUCUCAGAACACCAGCUCCCCAAGGCGUCUGAUCUGGAAUGGCUGGUCUCAGAACAGGAUGUACCACAGAAGCUGCUACCGCUGCCAGAUUCUCUGCCCAUUUCUCCAGAUGACAGUGAAAAUCUCCUCAUUUUGAAAAGACAGAAUUCAUCUGCACAGUCUACUCGUCUCCGUGGCAACUUUGAGUGGGCUCCACCCAGACCGCAGAUUAUUUUCAACAUCCACCCAACACCAAAGAGGAAGGUGCUGAUUGCCAAACAAAACUACAGAUGUGCUGGAUGUGGUACCAAGGUGGAAACUGGUUACAUCAAACGCUAUCGCUACUGCGAGUACCUGGGCAAGUACUUCUGCCAGUGUUGCCAUAGCAGCGCAAUAACAUACAUUCCUGGACGAAUCCUGCGCAAAUGGGACUUCACCAAGUACCCAGUCUCCAAUUUCUCCCGAGACCUCCUCCAGAAGAUGCACACUGAUCCCCUGUUCAGUAUUCAGGACAUUAACCCCACGCUGUACAGGAGAGUGAAGGCGUUAGACACUGUCAAGGAGUUCCGGAGGCAGCUGUUUCAUUUUAGGCGGUUUGUCAAAACUUGCCGCUUAGGGCAAAGCUUGUUUGCUGAAUUAGAGUCCCUUCCAUCCAGUUGGCUUGACGACGUCCAUGUCUACUCCAUAGCUGACCUGAUUAAGGUGAGGUCUGGUGAGAUGUAUGAUCUUCUGAAGAAACUGGUCACUAAGUGCUAUGAACAUACAAGAGACUGUCCUCUCUGCCAAGCCAAGGGUUUCUUCUGUGAGUUUUGCAACAACCGUCAAGAUGUCAUUUUCCCAUUUGAGCUGCAUAAAGUUGAAAACUGCCCGAGUAAGUGCUGUCGGAUGAAAAUCCUGUAUGAUGUGGUGAAUAAAUGGCAAAUGAAUGUUCAGUUGCGAAAAAUUUGAGUGUUAAAAAUAAAAGGCAAAAAUUAUUUGUAAAACAAACAAAAAAAAAUAUUCAGAUUUCUGAAAAUUAUCAACUGAAAACUUUAAAGUAAAUAUAAUGUGUGAAAGUGAACUACAGUCCUUCAUAACCCAUUUUUUAUAUGAAGAAGAAUAUCUAGAAUAUUUAUA